AUGAAGGAACUUUUUACGGAAACUUCACAAUAUCGUAACUGGUAUUAUUCAAAAGAACAACUACAAGAAAUUCGUGAAAAAAACCAUACGUCAGCUGUAAAACGAGUAAAACAAAAGGUGUUGGAAGAAUUUGAAUUGCAAAAACAAAAUUCUGCAAAAUCAACGCCUACACGUGGAGAACAACCUGAACGAGUAAAUUCUCCGCGUAUAAAUCCGUCCGAAAUCGAAUAUUUAAAAAUGGAAGAUGAAUUAGCAUUGUGUAAUUAUUAUCAAACACAAAUCGGUCCUUUGGCAAACCAAUUUCCCGAGGAAAUUCGAAAAAAUAAAUUCACAGAUAAAGUGAAGGCAAGUGCAAUAACAUAUGUAAAGAGAUUUUAUUUGCGGAAUACCAUCAUGGACUAUCAUCCUAGGGAUAUAAUUAUAACUUGUCUUUUCCUCGCUGCAAAAACCGAAUUCUCAUUUGUAGCCAUUGAGGACUUCAUUAAAUUGUUUCCUAGAGUGACCAAGGAGGUUAUUUUCGAUUUAGAAUUAACAGUUGCGCGAAGUUUAAGAUAUGAAUUUGCUGUCCAUCAUCCGUAUCUUGGGGCGUACGGAUUAUUUCUGGAUAUGCAGACGGUUUUAAAAGAUGCGAAAAAAAUACAAGUCGUAUACGAAAAAUCUAAAGAAUUUAUUCACAGAUCUCUUUUCACUGACACAAUGUUUCUUUAUCAACCAUCACAAAUUGCAUUGGCGACAGCACGUAUGGCUGCCAAAGAAAUAAAUCUUGAUUUGAAUAGUUAUUUACGUGCAAAAUUUAACUCAGAACCAGAUAGACUAGAUAAUUUAUAUAAGACACUUGAUGAAAUUGAAAGGACAAUAAAAGAAUAUGAACCCACACCUGUUAAUAAAGCGAAAGAAAUUGAUGCUAGGUUGCAUAAAUGUAAAAAUCCCGAAAAAAAUCCUAAUAGUGCGAUUUCGAGGAAGAGAAAGCUUGAAAGAGAAGGACUUGAAAAUGCUGAUAAUCAUAAAAAAAAAAGAAAUCAAGAUGAAUAUCAAAAAUCUUUAGAAGAUGUAUUUAAAUAA